GUGGCUACGAACUGGCACCUAACCAUGGAGGCCGAAGAAGAACCUCCGGCCGGACGUCGCUUACUCAGCCCAGCAGAACUGCUGGCAGCUCGAACACGUGAUCACAAGAUCCCCCAGCGCUCACUUGGUCAGAAAGAUUUUAUUCCUGAUGGAACAAAAGAACAAGAAUCAAACCUGCAUCAAUGUCGGAAAGAACACUGGCAACUUUUGGAGGAGGAGCGUGUUGUGCGUUUGGGAAGUUUGGUGAAGGCUGAGUGGAAGCCCCAGGAAAGUAUUGUAGAACUAAAAUCCCCUGCAGGGAAAUUCUGGCACACCAUGGGAUUUACACAGCAUGGGAAACAGUGCCUGCUUCCAGAAGAAGCCUUGUAUCUCCUAGAAUGCCACUGUUCCAACACCUUACGAGAGGCAGCUGAAUCUGGAUAGCCACUACCAAAGCAGGGAGAGAAGCAGCCACAAGAGGAGAUGCUCCAGCUCCGGAUCACAAGAGAAGAAACCCAAGCUAUCUGAGAAAUCCCAAGAACGGUCAUCCAAAAAGGCUAAGAUCUGUCAUGCUAAUUCCAGUUCUACCACAUCAGAUGGUUCACCCAAAGCAACAAUAAAGACACCGGAUCCAAACAUUGCAAAUAUUGAAUUGGUCCCAUCUUCAGGUAUCACAAGAGACUGCAGUGAAUUGCCCACCUGUUCUCAGGACUACAAAGAGACAUGUAGGAAGACCUUUGCGGAAAGCCAUAAGGAUACCUGUGCAUCCAGGUGGAAUUUCACCUCCAUUGGUUUUCCUAACAUGGGGGCUGAUUGCCCUCAAGUGUUCCUGCCAGAGCCUGAUAAGAGGUUCCUCCCAGAGAAUGUAGCAGCACAGGCAAUUGACACAAGCCAUUGGCAUAGGAGGCUCAACCAGAAACAGGAGCGGUUGACCCGCAAGGAACAGGAGCAGCUGAAGUGGGACAGCAAAUACAAAAUCAGUGUCAAUGAGGAUGCCGAAGUCCAGCGUUGCACCACCUGGCAAGAAUACAAGGCACUUCUGAGAGAGAGGAGUGGUUGGGAAGAUCUCUGCAUACAGACAAUUGCCCCACUUGUGAAACCAAGCCAAGGACUUUCCACAG